CGUUGGAAAUUUAAAAACUGGUUUUUAACGGCUUGACUGAACUUUAAAUCAUCUUUUCCAUUCUUCAUUCUUUCUUUCCAGGCACAUCUCAAUUUUCGAAAAGAUGCUUUUAUGUUUUAUCACUGUUUCAUGUUUGCUCUGAGGAAGCGUGCAGGCGCGUAAUAGCCAGCGUGAAAAACCGGAUUUUUUUGCCAGCAUCAGCAGCAACGCGCGGUGGUCUGCGCAGGAAGUGCAAAUAGGAUUUGCGGUGUGUGUUUUGGCAAGCGUCGGAUUGGCGUUGUUGUGCAUUAUGCGGAGGACCUCGAUUUUUGGAUGAUUUUGGAAUAAUUCGGAGCCGAAACAAGUCAAUAUUGACUGUCUGGAUUGGAAUGUUUCCUUGUCGGAUGUUUGGCAACGGAGAUUCUCGGCGUGAUUGGCGUUGUUAGGAAUGCCAGCCGUCAGAAAUUCUUGAUUUAUGAAUGAACGAGUUAUUUCGGCAGCCGAAGCGUGAUUCACGAUGAGUUGCCGUAUCCAGCAUGCCGGCCCGGCAGCCCUCCACGGCCACCACGGGCACACCACCGCCGCCCGGGCGCACAACGUCUCCAGCUUGUCAGCCGGCGAACAGGCCCGCGCCGAGAAGCUCUUCGAGGACUUUUGUGCCGCCGUUUCUUUGAAGCACAUUGUGGGAUAUUUCCAGCAGUUCUGCGAGUGCGUCAAGCUGCGGCCCAACGACUACCGGACCUUCUACGGGCGAUUGCGGGAGCGCAUGAGCUUCUCGUGGAAAUGGAAGCACUUCCAGAACAAACUCGACAAACGCGCCGCCCAGAAGGAAUACGGCAAGGGACAGAUUUGUUCCGGCAAUAAGGUUUUAAUUGUGGGCGCUGGACCGUGCGGCUUGCGAAUGGCCGUUGAAGCGGCGUUAUUGGGCGCCAAAGUCGUUGUUGUGGAAAAGCGCGACCGGUUUUCCCGCAAUAAUGUCCUGCAUUUGUGGCCGUUUGUGAUCACUGAUCUCCUCAAUUUGGGUGCCAAAAAAUUCUACCCGAAAUUCUGCAGCGGAAACGUCGAUCAUAUAAGUAUUCGGAUCCUACAGUGUAUUCUGCUGAAAAUGGCCCUGCUUUUGGGCGUGGAAUUCCACUACGGUGUAUCCUUCAUCAAUUACAUCGAACCGCCGGAAUACGACGGUGCCGAUUGCACGGGGUGGCGGGCCGAAGUCCAUCCGGCGGACCACACCGUGGCCAGUUACGAGUUCGACGUGCUGGUGGGCGCCGACGGACGGAGGAACACGCUGCAGGGAUUUCAGCGCAAAGUCUUUCGCGGGAUGCUGGCCAUUGCAAUAACAACUAAUUUCAUCAAUCGGAACACGGCGGAGGAGAACCGGGUGGAGGAGAUCAGCGGCGUGGCGCGCAUCUACAACCAACAGUUCUUCCGCGAUCUGUACAACGACUGCGGCAUCGAUCUGGAGAACAUCGUCUACUACCGCGACGCGACGCACUACUUCGUCAUGACGGCCAAGAAGGCCAGUCUCCUGGCCAAGGGCGUCCUCAGACAGGAUUUUAUGGAAGUUGAAAAGCUAUUGCAUCGCGACAACAUCGACAGACAAGCCCUCAACAACUACGCGCUGGAGGCCGCCAAAUUCUCCACCGGCAAUCGUCUUCCCGCUUACGAUUUCGCCAUUAAUCCGCACGGCGAUCCCGACGUGUCGGUGUUUGACUUUACCAACAUGUACGCGGCCGAGAACGCCUGUCGCAUUGUGGAACGCCGCGGACACCGGCUGAUGAUCAACCUCGUUGGUGACAGUCUCAUCGAGCCGUUUUGGCCGCUGGGCACCGGUUGCGCACACGGAUUUCUGGGCGUUUUGGAUGCGGCGUGGAUGUUGCGCUUCUGGGGAUUGGGAACGCGGACGCCGCUGCAGAUGAUUGUCGAGCGAGAGGCCAUUUACCGGAGUCUGUCCAGCAUCAAGGACGAACAUCUCCUGAAGAACUACUCCAAUUAUUCCAUCGAUCCCGUCUCGCGAUACGUCCAUAUUGAUAUAUCCAAGGCCAAGGUGUUCAUCGUGCGUCAUCUGCUGGACACGGACUGUCCGGAGAAAGUGGACAAGAGCGAGUUGCCGGACAACGGGCAGUGGAAGCGCACCGCCGUGACCGGGCACACGCCGAAGCGGCUGCGUCAGCGCCGGGACACCGUGUCGGAGUCGGUGCUGGUGGACUGGUGCGCCAAGGGGCUGGCCUCGCACGGCAUCAGCGUCGACUCGGUCGGACAGUUCUGGGCCACGCCCCUGCCCCUCUGCGCCUUGAUACACCACUUCCGGCCGGAGUUGUUAGAAAAUUAUUACACCUUGGACACGGCAGACGAAGAAACGACGUGGAAUCUAAUUUUGACCAUCUGCGAGAACCAGCUGGGCAUCGAAGUGCCUUUUACUGCGGCACAAAUCCUCCGCGAACGCGAGAACAUCGACCGGGAGGUGUUCGGCACGUUACUCCUGCAGUUCUACGACCUGUUCCGACGGGAAAUACCGGGCGAAUUCGUGGCCAGUGUCACCAUGGACGCCUCGCCCUCCCUGGAAGCUGACCUGCCCCGCCGCGCCCCCGCUUUCAGUCGGAAAACACCGAGCAGUCCAACGCCAGCGUCGCCGGUCAGCAGCAAACGACGGCACGUCACCGGUCAGGAGAUGUCCAAACGCCGUCGGCCUUCCAACAAAUCCGACCUGUCGCACGUUGCUUCUUCCUUAUCGCACAAACACUGCACCAGCAUGGACCAGAUCCAGGUGAACACGGGCGAGAAGAUCAAAUUCCUGGAGGCCGCCUUCAACCCGCUGCCCAGCCGAGCGCCGCCCGCCCAGUCCGGCGCCCACUGGAAGAGCAGCGACAAUCUGGCCGAGCGGAAGGAGGUCAUCGAGCAGAAGAUCCGCGGCAGCAGUCUCCACGAGUCGGUAUUAAUAGAGAGUAAAGAGAAGUUCCCAGCGAAGUUGGUGGAGGAAGUGCGGAGGGAGUUCCGGGACAAGGGAGCCAAGGGGCUGGAGGGGCGGUACCCGGCGGAACUGGUUAAAUUGGUGGUGUUUCAGGACAGGGAAAGGAAGAUGGUGCUGAAAUUAUCGGGUGACCACGGGCAGUCGAAAUUCGCCGCCAUCGACGAGCAGCUGGCGCGUGCCGACAGCCAACUGCGCGAUGGAUCGGCCUUGGCGCGCUCCCCUCGCGGUCACGGCGCGGUGUCGAGCAUGGCCGACGACUACCGCAGCGUCAUCAACAUCGCCCCGGUGGCACCCGGCCUCUCGCCGAAGAAGUCGCUCGUCUAAGACUAUUGCUUCACAGUUCAAAAUUUUUAUGCUGGAGUCAACUUCACAAUCACGGUACAAACCAACCAAGAUGCAGCGUUUGUACUGGGGGUUUCUGUCUUCGUGACAUCCCACUGCGAGCUCCGUGUAAAAUCCGUCUUCUCCACCUUGGCAGCCUCUGAUUCGUACCUUCCUUCUAUCAAUAGUUGGCUUUUUUGGAUAAUCAGGAUCAAACGCCUCUUCUAUGCAGUUCCCUGGGCAGUCCUUUUGGGAAUAACGAGAAAUAUUGACUGCCUCCCUUUCGGCGCCGCAUACGUACCUCUGAGGCUCACUGUAACUGCCUUCAGUGCAGGAAUAACAUUUGAUUGCACAAACAGCGGACAUUGACACAAGCAAGAAAUGCCCCAAAACCAAUAAGAUAUGCAUGUUUUACCGAUACUCACUUUACUACGCAUUAGUGGGUCGUCAUGUAUCAAGCCAAUAUUCAUCCGUGCUCGGCUUGUAAAUACUUACUCAUGUCAGUUUGCAAGUGGUUUGUGUCAGAAGUUAGAAUAACCUGGAUACAAAGCAAACCCAAAAACG